UGUGUUGCUUUUGUUGGAUGCGCGCUCUGAACUCGCCGCCAGCGAAGGCUAGCUAGCUCGCUACAAAUACGGUAGUUCACCUGGGGUGUCGUUCUAAAAGAUGGAGCUCUCUGCGGUCGGGGAGCGCGUAUUCGCCGCUGAAUGCAUCCUCAAACGUCGCAUUCGCAAGGGCCAAAUUGAGUAUCUUGUUAAAUGGAGAGGAUGGGCCAUUAAGUAUAGCACAUGGGAGCCAGAAGAGAAUAUUUUGGACAGCCGACUGAUUGCAGGAUUUGAACAGAAGGAGAGAGAGAGGGAACUUUAUGGGCCAAAGAAAAGAGGACCUAAACCCAAGAAUUUCCUCCUUAAGGCUCGAACCCAUGGCUCCGAGCCCUCUGUGCAGGGCCCCGCCUCUCGUCGCUGUCACUCCCAGCGCGCCCCCUCCAGCCCCUCACCUUCCUCCGCCCCUUCCUCCUCCUCCUCCUCCUCCUCCUCCUCUUCCUCCGUGUCCAUUCCCAAGCUCCAGUCCAGAGCCACGUCCCACAAACUGAAGAAGGACAUCCGUCGCUGCCACCGGCUGUCCCGGCGCCCCCUGCCCCGCCCGGACCCCCUGGCCCCGCCGCACGGCGCCCGCCCGCCCGCCUCCCCGUUUUCGGAGACGGUGACCAUCCUGAACCGGCGGGUGAAGCCGCGGGAGAACAAGCGCAGCCGCAUCAUCCUCAACCUGAAGGUGAUCGACGGGGGCGGGACCCGCCGCGUGCCCCUGUCCGCCCCGGCCGGCCGGCCCGGCCCCGCCCGCCGGAACAUCCCCUCCCGAAACCGCAUCAUCGGGAGGCGGCUGAGCGACGGGCCCUGCCGGGGCCCCCCGCCGCCCCUCCGGAUGCCGGGGUUCCCCAUGUACGGGAAGCCCUUCGGGGUGCAGCAGGUUUCGCCGGGCGCGGCCGGCGCUCAGUCCGGGACGGGGUGCAGUACGGAGGGGAGCAGUGACUCGACGGCGUCCUCUCUCCGCCCCGCCGGAGGAAAGGCGGGCGCGGCUCAGCCCGCUCCUCGGUACCAGCCGCCCCCCUCCCCCACCAGCUCCAGCGGCUCUCAGAGUGGGCCGCCCUCCCCUCCUCACAUCCAGGCCCCGGCCCCACAGGCCUCCCCUCCCAAACUCAGCCCCCAGGCCCCGCCUCAAGCCAGCCGCCCCGCCUCUGCCCCCGGGUCCUUCCUCCCAUCCUCCCCCUCCCUGUCUUCAUCGUCCGCCUCGUCCUCCUCUUCCUCUUCUGAGGACGAGGAGAAUAUUCUGGAUCUCUCCGUGCCGCCCGGGGGCGAACGGAAUCCCAGGCGCCGCCGCGGUCGCCACGGAGCCCAAACCGACGAGCCGCCCACGUGUCAGAGCGUCGACCCCCUGCCCCUGCCCCUCCAGGGCCCCUCGGACCCCCCUCUCCUCUCCCUGGAGAACCCGAGGGGGCUCUGCGAGGGGGACCCCGACUGGCGGCCGGAGAUGGCCCCCUGCUGCACCAACGUGGUGGUGACCGACGUGACCACGAACCUGCUCACUGUCACCAUCAAGGAGUUCUGCUCACCGCCAGAACUGGACCAGUCCGCCCCUCCCAGCCCCGCCUCCCAGACCACCGACACCGCCACGCUGACCCCCCAGCCCAAACCAUGAACCGCACAAACGCCCGCAAAAAGCAAAAAAAACCUCAAUAAAUAGGCUUCUGUUGGCUUCAUAUAGUCCCCCCAAAAUAUGCACAAGUGCAGAGAAAAGUACUGUAUUUAUUUUUUUCAUGUAUUGAUACACAGUAAGCUCUUAUGCAGGGUGCUUCUGUUUUCACAUUUAUUACAUGUGCAGUGCUUGUGAUUUGCACGUGCUGCACUUGUUUAUUACAUGUACUGAACUUGUUUAUUACCUGUACUGAACUUGUUUAUUACAUGUGCAGUUCUCGGUUAUUACACGUUCAGUACUUGUUUAUUACACGUGCAGCACUUGUUUGUUACACGUACCAAACUUGUUUUUUACACGUACAGUACUGCAUGUUGAAUCAUGACAGACUCACCUUGUGUUCCUACUGUUGAAAUGCGUUCACACGUAACAAUAGGAUGGCACUUUAAAGUCCAGUGCAUGCACGUGUAUUAUUGUAUGAAUAUUUUCACUUAUUGUGCUCAAUUGAAUUUGACUCACCAGUAUGCAUAAGACUUGCAUCGAAACUUGCAAAGAUAGUUUUUCAUUCUAAUACGUAAUGGGGAUCCCUUCUCCCCACACAUACAUGCAAAGGACUAUAUAGCUAGCUAUAUAUUUAUAUGCACGCACAAUGUAUAAGCCGGGACAGGUUUCAUCAGUCAGACCAUUAAGCUGCAGCUAUGCUCUUUCUUAGCUCUUCUCUAGCUGUCUCUCCUUGUCUGUUCUUUCUAUACUCGUUCUGAAGUCUGACACGACUCUAAACUGAUCCUUUUUGUACAUAUGGCUGUGGACUGCAUGUGUAAUACUCUGCCAUAUUCUUUCAAAGACUACCGACUUUGUAUCCCAGAAACGAUUUUUUUUUAAUGACCAUGUCUGUCUUGAGUGUGUUAUUUUAAUCUUGCUCACAUUGCCCCUCCCCCUAACAUACACCUGUUUGAAGUGUGGUUAGGAGCUGCUACCUGUUGAGAGGUCGUCACAGCUAACGAAAGUCCGGUCCUCGUUGAAAGACGGUCUGUUUUGUGGUGAACAGUGAUUGUAUGAAGAAUUGCCAUUGUAGGGCUGUGCAGAGUGAAAGUCCUGUGUUUCAUUUUGUAAUCUGUGUGAAAUCCCUGGUCCGUAUUGUGUUUGCAGUAUAAUAUGUGGUUGUGUAAUAGAUGUGGAAAUGUAUAGAUGAAAUAAAAAGAAAGUUAGACUCCCGUA